AUGAACGCCGAGAGUUCCGCUCUUCAUACACAAUCAUCCAGCUCCCAAGCUGUACAGAGUCUUGAAGACAUUGCUACUGUUCGGAACUCUGCCGAGAUGCGCGCCGAAAUGCGCGCCAAUGUUCCUCCUUUACAGAUACAGCAAUCCGCUACACAGCUAUCUACUCUUCAGAACUUCACAACCUUCCGGAACUCUGCCGAGAUGCGCGCCGAGAUGCGCGCCGAGAGUAACAAUCCUCACCCAGCUGCUAUCCAAAAUGCGGGCUUUCAGAACUCCAAUGUGUUCCGGAACUCUGCCGAGAUAUGCGCCGAGCAACCCGGAAAGAAUUCUGCUUUUGUAAAGCAGGUAGGAACUUUAGAGGUGCACUCAGGUGAACCACCGGUGCCUGUGGUUGAUGUUUUGAAUGCCUUGAUAGCAAAGCAGACAGCGGCAGGUACGGCUUCAGACUUGAUUCCUGCUCGAGCAUUGGGGUUAGAUGACUUGUCCAACCUGGGAAUUAUCUCUAACUUGAUUGCCUACCUUGACUCUCAAGCACCUCGUCAGACCAAUGGCAGGAAAAUGCGGGUGGAAAUUACAAAAGCAGAUGACAAGGCUGAGCUCGUUAAGCUUUGUCAUGAACACUUUGAUGUUUAUGCAACCAACGGAGCCAAGGCAAAGUUUUUUGACUUGAUGAGGAUCAAGUUUUGGGUCGCGACGGGUGGUAGAUUGGAUGUGAAUGUAAAGGGUUACAUGGAACGAUGGGAAGACAAGAGGAGGCAGGAGAUAGCGGAAGAUAUGGUGAAGAGUGGGGUAGCAAGGGUUUAUGGGGAAUGGGAGGUGGCGAUUGACAUGUGGAUUGCAGCCGUUGAUGAUUUGAAAACAGCGAGAGGAUUGCAGAGAGAUAAUAGAAGCUCAGAGGCCGCUGCUGCUGAGGAGGAAAAAAGCAAAUUGGAGGAGGUUAGAGAGGAUAUGGCAAAGACCCUAGCUGGUGAGAAAAGAGAAAGGGAGGAAAGCAGUGAAGGCAAUGGCGGUAAAAGACAUUUGACGGAAAAAAUGCUCGAGGAGUUUAAGAGAAGUGAUACGGAAAUGAUGGAAUACCUGGCUAGGAACGAUACAAGAAGACUUGAUAGAUGGGAAUCAAUACUAUCACCGGUCUUGAGUAGCUUUUCUACGAGCAGCAAUGCAAAUCAGAAUAUUGCACGGCGUCUUGACUUAUUGGAGGAGGAGAAUAAAUCAAGAGACGCAAGACUAUCAGAGAAUUCUAAGGACUUAAAGGAAAUCUUGGAAUUGGUUAAGGCGAUGCGCAAUAACAGUUGA